UCCCGCUUCAGCCUCGGCAGUGGCGUCGGCGACGGCGGAGUCGAGGCAGCCGCGAGCGCUCGGCCGAGUGGCGGCGACGGCGCAGGAGCCGGGGGUUGAGGACACGCGCGCUGGCCCUUCCGCGCCGCGGCCGCCGCCGCCGCCGCCGCCGCCACCCAGAGCCUGAGGCGCCGGGGCGCGGGCGAACGGGUGGGCCGGGGCAAGGCGGGCAUGGCGCGGCCCCCGGGCCCGGCCCCGUUGUGUCCUGGAGGCGGCAAAGCACAACUUUCCUCGGCGUUUCCUCCCGCGGCCGGACUGCUGCUGCCGGCCCCGACGUCGCCGCCGCUGCUGCUGCUGCUCAUUCCCCUGCUUCUCUUCUCCCGGCUCUGUGGUGCCUUAGCUGGAUCAAUUAUUGUGGAGCCACAUGUCACAGCAGUGUGGGGAAAGAAUGUUUCAUUGAAGUGUUUAAUUGAAGUGAAUGAAACUAUAACACAGAUCUCCUGGGAGAAGAUCCAUGGCAAAAGUACACAGACUGUUGCAGUUCAUCACCCUCAGUAUGGAUUCUCGGUUCAAGGAGAUUAUCAGGGAAGAGUCUUGUUUAAAAACUAUUCACUUAAUGAUGCAACAAUUACUCUGCAUAACAUAGGCUUCUCAGAUUCUGGAAAAUAUAUAUGCAAAGCCGUUACAUUCCCACUUGGAAAUGCCCAGUCCUCUACAACUGUGACUGUGUUAGUUGAACCCACGGUGAGCCUGAUAAAAGGACCGGAUUCUUUAAUUGAUGGAGGGAAUGAAACAGUAGCAGCCGUUUGUGUAGCAGCCACUGGAAAGCCAGUCGCACAGAUUGACUGGGAAGGUGAUCUUGGUGAAAUGGAAUCUACUACAACUUCUUUUCCCAAUGAAACAGCAACGAUUGUCAGCCAAUACAAGCUGUUUCCCACAAGAUUUGCUCGAGGAAGGCGAAUUACUUGUGUUGUAAAGCAUCCAGCCUUAGAAAAGGACAUUCGAUACUCUUUCAUACUAGACAUACAGUAUGCUCCUGAAGUUUCAGUAACAGGAUAUGAUGGAAAUUGGUUCGUGGGAAGAAAAGGUGUUAACCUCAAGUGUAAUGCUGAUGCAAAUCCUCCACCCUUCAAGUCCGUGUGGAGCAGGUUGGAUGGACAAUGGCCUGAUGGUUUGUUGGCGUCAGAUAAUACUCUUCAUUUUGUCCAUCCACUGACUGUCAAUUAUUCUGGCGUUUAUGUCUGUAAAGUAUCAAAUUCCCUUGGUCAAAGAAGUGAUCAAAAGAUCAUCUACAUUUCAGACAUCCCGCUUACGCAGACCUCAUCCAUAGCAGUGGCUGGAGCCGUGAUUGGCGCUGUCCUGGCCCUCUUCGUCAUCGCUGUCUUUGUGACUGUGUUGCUGACGCCACGGAAAAAGAGACCGUCCUAUCUUGACAAAGUAAUCGACCUUCCACCUACACAUAAGCCACCCCCUGUAUAUGAAGAACGAAUUCCUUCUCUCCCUCAGAAAGACCUUCUUUGCCAGACUGAACACUUGCCUUUGCAGACUCCGUUCAAAGAGAAAGGAGCUGGUGGUCUUCAGCCCUCUAAUGGACCAAUUAGCAGGAGAUUUGACUAUGAGGAUGAGAGCACAAUGCAAGAUGGGACUCAGCGCAUGUGCCCCCUUUAUAACCAGAUGUGCCGCCAAGACCGAAGCCCUCACCAACAUCACCCAUGCAACCCCGAGAGACUCUACAUCAACCCACGAGAACAUUAUGUGUGAUUUUCCUCACAUUAUAAAGGGUGUUCUAACAAAUGUUUAUUCUUAGACCUGAGAGAGAAACUGAGGCAUCGAAACGAUUUCAGUCUUAAAGUGUGUUGGAAAGAUCGAUGAACGAAUCAGAGCUAAGAGUAGAUUGCUUAACUUCAUUAAGGGUUCCUUAACCACCAGUUGUGUGUGUGAGCUCACCUGUAGCUGCACGUCACCGUAACUCUGCAGUUUAGGUACUAACACUUGGUCUCCAGUGGUGUGUUCAUUUGAAGGGGAAGGCCCCAGCUGCUGGCCACCGCUUUGCUUGGGUCUCAGGCCCUGCUUGUCUGUCAUUUAAACAGGUGGGAAAAUGAGCCCCAAAUCCAGUUCACUAAUCAUUAAGCUGGAAUUUAGAUUUCCCUAGCAUCUCAGUACAAUAACAAUGCCUGCAUACAGAGGCCGGAGGAAAGGAGCGGACUGCUGUGUCCAAUGGUGACAAAGGCAAUAGGAAGCAGCCAGCCUCCAUGUUCUUGGGAACCAGUGUUAGUGCCCCGUGUCCUUCCUGGCCAGUAGGCUCCAAGGACUCCAAGGGACAUCUGCCCUCUGUCCCCUUGGGACCAGCUGUGUCUACUUUGUCCCUGUUGCUACAGUCUUGUGUUCCAUUGGCCCAAUUAGCUCGUUUCCCACGUCUUCAGUCCUUAAAAAUCCCUGCGGAAAUGGGAUGCAGUCCUUUUAGCCAGGUUUACAUUCGCUCGCACAAGAUAAGCUCAGUGCUCACCUCUUAGCUAGCUACUCUUCUUCAUUCUUUACUCUUCUUCCAUGUGUCUUAUCUACUGAGAGAGAGAGAGAGAGAGAGAGAGAGAGAGAGAGAGAGAGAGAGAGAGAGAGAGAGGAGAGAGAGAAGAGAAAAAGAAAGCCUAUUGGAAAUGACCACAAAAUAACCCCCACUCUUAAAAGCCUGGUGGAAAAUUUGAAAACUAUAUAUUUUUUUUUCUUUUGUAAAGCUACUUCAGUAUGACAUGCUUGCUGAAUCUACAUGUCCUCUAUUCUUCUCCCCAUGUCGCCUGGUCAGAGAGCCUAAAGAGAUGCUAUACAGGGAGUAAUAGUAGCCUCUCUGCCAGGGUCGACAGCUACAAAGCUACACUGUGAUGCUGUGCUGCCUGGCCCUCCUGUCUGCCUGGAGUUUUAGAACUUCUCCCUUGGCCAGCUGUCCAUCACCAAGACUGACAAUGGAGGACACAGAGGGAAACUUAAAGGCAAAACGGUCCUUGAUGCAUCAUAAGAUAGUGUCGCUUUACUGUGUGUCCUCGAAAGGCCAGGGUGUGUCACCGGUUUUAAGAAAUAAAACACUUUACCUGUUACAUAUUUUUAAAAAAGAGAACAGUAGAAACAGGAAAAUAAAUAGUAUACAUUUCCAGCCUACGAUUCAGGAGGAAAUGAGAAUAUCACCAGAUUUAUAGUGACAUGCCAAAGACACGCUAUGUUGGCUUGGGUCCUCUGCUUCCUUUUUUGUUUGUUCAUCUUUGUGGGAUAAGUCAUUUACUGGUUCUGCAGUAAUAUACCCACCCAUUCCAUUCCCUGGGUGAUGGGCAGUUCUAGGAGCAAGGAUGCUCAAAUUCCAUCGUAUAUCUCCGAUAGGAUUAGUGUUUUCAGAGGAUACGGCUCCAGAGUUCCACUGGGUCUCUGCCCCAUCGCUGCAGCACUUUGGAUUUACUUUACUGCCUUUAUAGCAAAGAUGAUGCCACCUUCAUUGCUCAGAAUGCCAUUACUAAGCCAGUGUAACUAAUAUCAUAGGAUUCCCUGUGAUUGUUUUCCAAUAGUUAGGGCUGUACUGAGAGUUGCCUUUGACACUGAAGCAUUCCAUAUUGCCUAGAUGCUAGGGCCUGGAGUGUAGCACCCCCUCCGCCAGAAGGCUUUAAAAAAUAUCUUAAUGCCGAAGACAGUUUCUAAAGUCCCGCUGGGAAGCAGAUUGUAGAAUCCACCCCACAAAAGCGGAUUGUGGAGGCAGGGAGAGGGGUGGGAUGUCUUCGUUUGUGCCAGAGAAAAGGAUUUGGAAGCCUUUUGUCCUGUCCUUAGCACCGUCCCAGGAGGAACCUACUGUCUACCUUUCAGCCAUUCUUAGUAUUGUUAGGAAAAAGUUAUUUUAGGGUGUGUGUACUGUCUGCUGCCAGCAAGUUCACUGUCGUCUGUGUCUAUCAGCUAUGAAAGUCCUUGGGCAAACUGCUAUAUUUGAUAGUUGUUGGCCUCAAACACGGGUCACAAAGGCUUCAUAAUAGCUUAUUCUAGCGCCUCCUGUCUGUACUCUAUUUAAAAAGAAAAAGUUAGCUAAAUACAGAACAGCUUUAAAAGGGUUUGAUUAACCAGUCCCCUCAUCUGAAGAAUGCCAUCCAAAAUUAGUCUGCUGACCUCUGUAUUUGGAGCCCUUGACGGUGCCAUUUAAAUUGGGAAUCUAGACUGUAAAGGUCAGUAAGUGAGGUUGAGGGGCAUAGCCACAGCUGGUCAUGGUCUCCCCGUUACUGUUUUAUUAAAGUUCACUGGGACAGAAGUAAAUCCACAUAGCAGUUUCCCAUGGACUGCUGCCACUGUGUUCCAAGGAGGCAGGGGGACAUGCUCACCCUCACCACAGCCCCCAUUGCCUAUCUCACCUGCCAGUAUUGUGACUACUACAGUAGCAGGCCACCAGAUCCGCUGCAUCUCAGUCCACUGAAGCAUCUGUACUGGCUAGAAUCAGCCUGACCUAAUGGGAUAUGAAUGCAAACAACAGUGAUUGUGUUGUAUCCUCCAUGAGAGUUCCCUCCAUGCUUGGCAUUUUGUAUGGUUUAAAUGUGAGGAUACUGACAUGCUUUGGAGUAUAUGACAUUUUUAUCUGUGCUAGGCAUCUAUAUUACUAUACACACACACACACACACACACACACAAACACACACUAUAUUACUAUACACACACACACAC